UCGUCUGCAUCAACUUAACUAUCAGGUUUAAUUUUAACUAAGAGGUAUAAUGCAUUGCAAGGAUAAAUUCUUUCUAGUUUAGCAUAAGUCUAAACAACGUAGAGCAUAUAUCGACACUUUAAAGAAUAUCUGUUACAACUGCAGAUAAGGUAUAAAUCUAGUUUGCAUAUUGCCCAGCACUUUGUAAAUGGAAAAUCCCCAAGUGGUUAAACAACAGUUCAAAUGGAAAGUCAGAAAAACAAAUGUAAGCGGGCUCAAAAAUUUUCAACCGAGGAAGAGUUUUUGCUCAUUACUUUAGCGGCCGAACAAAGAAAGAUCUUCGAAAACAAAAAAGCUGAUGCUGCGACCUGGAAAGAAAAAGAACUGGCCUGGGAAAAUCUGGCUACCGUUUAUUCGAGCAAGUCUGGAGUAAACCGUUCUGGUCAUAGUUUAAGAGCCAAGUACGAGACUUUAAAAAAAAAACUACAAGCCGGGCUUCCGUAUGGACAGCCUCCCUCAAAACCAACCAUCUUUGAAAAAUUAAGCGAAAUACUUGGAGAUGAAGAUUCUGGUGAAGAAAACUCUGACAGCGAUUAUCCCAUGAAUGACAUCGAACUUGGUGAGGAAAUCUCCGAUAAAUGUUUUACUUUUAAGUCUGGUAAUUCGACAUCUUCUGAGGUCAAAUUGGUUUUCCCAUCCCCGUCGGAAAAGUCACUGCGAAGAAAAAAUUAUAUUAGCAGUUUGUUUCAAAAGGAAAAAUUGCUUUUAAUACGGGCGCAACGAACUUUCUACGAGCAAGAAAAUUUAAGAGCACAGGAAAAGCACCUGGAAGAAAUGAAAACUUUAAGUGCGAAGCGGGAGCUUCUUUAUCUUGAAAUUGCUGAAAAGAGGAGAAAACUUAACAUAAAUACAUAAAUGCAUUAUUUGUUCAUGUGUAGUUUGACAGCAUUGUUUAACGCUUCAGGAGUCUGUUAUACAUUAAAAAUUUUGCUAAUUAUUUUGGUAAA